AUGGAUGUUCAUGUGAUAAAUGUUGAAGAAGAAAAUGAUCAUCAAGCUAAGUCAGAUGACGGGGAUGCAGGACAACCUAGUGACGGUGAAAUUAAUAAUGCUGAAAACUCUGGAUUUUAUGUUGAGGAUGGGAUUUCCGAGCCGUAUUUGGGUAUGGAGUUUGAUUCGGAAGAUGUUGCCAAGACUUACUAUGAUGAUUACGCUAAGCACAUAGGUUUUAAUUCUAAGGUUGGCUCACGUAGUCGCUCUAAAGCCGAUGGGCCAAAUAUGUAUAAGGAGUUUGUGUGUGAAAGGGAAGGUUUAAAGAAAAGGUUUAACGAGGGAUGUGAUGCAAUGAUUAGGAUUGAGCUGAAGAGUCAAAGUAAAUGGGUUGUAACUAAAUUUGUGAGGGAGCAUAGUCAUUCAUUGGGGAGUUCCAGCGAGGCACCGAGCCUUCAUCAACGUAAGCAUUUUUCGAGUGUUGGAAGGACUAUGCCUGAAACUUAUCAAGGAGUUGGACUUGUUCCAAGUGGUGUCAUGUAUUUAUCUGUGGAUGGAAAUCAUAUUUCUAAUCAGAAUAGUUGUGCGGUGCUAAAUAUUCAUGCUGCCACUGCUUCUGAACUAAGUCACUCUGUUAACAAUGCCACGUUAAGGAAUUGUACUGCCAGGCCGCCUUUUCAAAACAGGACAUUAGGGAAGGAUGCUCAUUAUCUGCUGGAGUAUUUUAAGAAAAUGCAGGCCGAGAACCCCGGUUUCUUCUAUGCUAUUCAACUGGAUGAAGACAAUCAUAUGUCUAAUGUCUUUUGGGCAGAUGCCCGAUCCAGGACAGCUUAUAGUCAUUUUGGCGAUGCAGUUCAUCUGGAUACCACAUGCAGAGCUAAGCAGUAUAGAAUGCCAUUUGCUCCUUUUACUGGAGUAAACAAUCAUGGUCAGGUGGUGUUGUUUGGUUGUGCACUCCUUUUUGAUGAUUCUGAGGCUUCUUUUUUGUGGCUCUUUAAGACAUUUCUCACAGCAAUGAAUGAUCGACAGCCUGUCUCGAUUAUUACCGAUCAAGUCAGAGCCAUACAGGCAGCAGUUUCACAAGUUUUCCCACAAACUCGCCACUGUAUUAACAAGUGGCAUGUCUUGAGAGAAGGCCAGGAAAAGUUGGCCCAUGUGUGUCUAUUGCAUCCAAAUUUUCAGGGUGAACUUUAUAAUUGUAUUAACCUGACAGAAACCAUCGAGGAGUUUGAGUCAUCUUGGAAUUCUAUCCUUGAUAAAUAUGAGCUUAGAAGCAAUGAUUGGCUUCAGUCCCUGUAUAAUGCCCGUGCUCAGUGGGUUCCAGCAUACUUCCGUGAUUCUUUUUUUGCUGCAAUGUCUCCUAAUCAAGGAUUUGGUGGUUCUUUUUUUGAUGGUUAUGUCAUCCAACAGAUGACAAUGCCCUUGUUCUUUAAGCAAUAUGAAAAAGCUUUAGAGAGCUGGAUUGAAAAGGAAAUAGAAGCAGACUUCGAGACAAUUUGCACAACACCAGUUUUGAGGACACCUUCACCAAUGGAGAAACAAGCUGCUAAUCUUUAUACAAGAAAAAUAUUUUUGAAGUUUCAGGAAGAGCUAGUUGAAACUUUUGUUUAUACUGCAAAUAUAAUUGAAGGAGAUGAUAUAAAUAGCACGUUCAAGGUUGCAAAAUUUGAGGAUGUCGACAAGGCAUAUACUGUUGCAUUCAACCAUGCUGAAUUGAGAGCUAACUGUACUUGCCAAAUGUUUGAGUAUUCAGGCAUUCUUUGCAGGCACAUUUUAACUGUUUUCACCGUGACAAAUGUACUUACAUUACCAUCCCAUUACAUCUUAAAACGGUGGACAAAAAAUGCAAAAAGUAGCACUGGAUCGGAUGAACGUACUGGUGAAUUACAUAGUCAGGAGUCUCUGACAUUGAGGUACAGUAAUCUAUGUCGGGAAGCCAUAAGAUACGCCGAGGAAGGAGCAGUAACUGUGGAAACUUAUAAUGCUGCAGUGAGUGGUCUUAAAGAAGGUGGAAAGAAGGUUGCUGCAAUGAAAAGAAGUGUUGCCAAAGCAGCACCUCCUAAUAAUCAAGCCAGCAGCGGGACUACUUAUAAUGACAGGAAAACCACCACCAGUUCAACUUCAGAUUUAACUCCUCUUUUGUGGCCGCGACACGAUGAAAUAACAAGGAGGUUUAAUCUUAAUGAUUCUGGUGGUCCAGUUCAAUCAGUUGCUGACCUAAAUUUGCCACAAAUGGCCCCAGUGUCUCUUCAUCGAGAUGAUGGUUCAUCAGGAAACAUGGCGGUUCUUCCAUGCCUAAAAUCGAUGACAUGGGUAAUGGAGAACAAAAACUCAAGUCUUGGGAAUAAAGUAGCUGUUAUCAAUCUGAAGUUGCAAGAUUAUGGUAGGAGUCCUUCAACAGAAUCCGAGGUUAAGUUUCAGCUCUCAAGAGUUUCCUUGGAGCCAAUGCUGAAGUCUAUGGCCUACAUCAGUGAACAGCUCUCAACACCAGCAAAUAAGGUUGCUGUAAUAAAUCUCAAGCUUCAAGAUGCGGAUACAACUUCCGGCGAGUCAGAAGUUAAGUUUCAGGUGUCCAAGGAUACAUUGGGUGCUAUGCUACGAUCAAUGGCCUAUAUCCGUGAGCAACUAUCACAUGCUGGAGAUGGGCAAUCAGAACCUCUGUUGAAAAAGCUUAGGAAGUAA